AUGUUGGCUGGUAUCCUCGACGACUCCGAGAAGCGGCUCAACUCACCGGUGCUGGGCUUCUCGCUGGGCAGUGCCGGUCGGCAGGUGCGGUUCUCGGAGGUGGCCGGUGCUCGGCUGCGACUGCAGUACCGGCGGGCGGCGCGACAGCCGGCCGGCCGGCCGGUGUGGCGUACCCUGUACCCUGGCGAGCGGCCGGCCGCCGUCCCCGGCACGGCCGUCUGCGCCUACUGGAGCGAGCAUGACCUCGAAUGGCGGACAGAUGGGUGUCAGCUGAUGGGUAGCUCCUCCAGCGAUCACGCCACCUGCUCCUGUUCGCACCUCACCAACUUUGCCAUCCUGAUGGAUUACCAUGAAUACGUGGGCACACCACUGUCACUGAGCGUGCUGACCUGGCUGCUGGGCACACUCUCCGUCAUCUGCCUCAUCCUGACCUGGGUUGUAUUCACGUUCACCAGUCCUCCUCCAGAUGUACCCACCGCCGUCAGAUCGCUGCGCUGCUGCCGCACCACCAUCACACGCCACCUGUGCGCCACGUACGCCGCCGGCCUGGUGCUGCUGCUCACUGUCAUGGACCGCCACCUGGUCUACUUGGAGCCCAUCGCCUGCAGCCUCGCCGGCAUGGCCAUCCACUACUGCUUCCUCUCCGUGUUCGCCUGGAGCAUGGUGGAGGGCGUCCACCUGUACAAGGUGUUGCGACACGUGUUCGAACCCAAGAGUAACUCGAUGACCAGGUAUUACAUGUACGGCUACCUGGGCCCUGCGCUGAUCGUGAUCGUCACCAACACGGUGGCGCUGGGCACCGACCAGUACGCCUACGUCCGGGAUGAAUUUUGCUGGCUGAAGGUCCCCUAUUUCAUCUGGUUCUUCAAUGGUCCUCUGGCAGUUGUUUUGAUCAUGAACAUGCUGGUAGUGGUGCUCGCGUUCCGUUCGGCGGCAUCUCUAAAGGUGAAUCAGUUACGGGCCAAGAAGGAGCGCAUCAAACGGUGGCUGAAGGGGUGGUUCUGCCUCUCCUGUCUGCUGGGCGUCCAGUGGACUGUCGGCUAUCUACUGGUGGAUGGCUCCAACGUCUUCGACUACGUCUUCACGGUGCUGAACUGCUCUCAGGGGAUCCUGAUCUUUGUGUUUCACUGUCUGCUGCGCUCGCGGACGCGCCAGAUCCUGCUGGGCCGCUUCAACACGGCCAAGAGCAGCACCAUGAUGAACAGCGUCUACGGCCAAAUGGUGUUGGCCCAGCAGAAGAGUCAGCAGUGUCGGCAGACGCGCCAGUCACUCGACACCUCCAUCACCACGCUGUCUUCUCAGCCGGCCGGUAUCAGCUCCGACUCCGAGUCAUCUCCGGCCAGCGCGCGGAGCCGCUCGUCUGACGAGUCCGGCUCGAGGAGGCGCUCCCGGCCGACCAGCGGCCGCCAUCUGAGCCGUCAGCGCCAGGCCACCGACGGCCAGCCGACCGGCACCCAGAGGGGCCGCGUCAACCCAGCGUUCGAGCCGGAGGAGCCGUGGACGCCGUUGCCGGACAUCUCUGAGGAGGCCGAGCAGACCUCGCCGCGCCGGGGCCAGCUACGCACCAGGCUGAGCGAGCGCGCCGGACGCCUCCCCGCCGCGUGGCGCCCCGAUGGCGCAGAGAUGUACAGGAGUCACAGCGUCGGCCACUUGCGCCACGGGAGGAGGGUCCGCUGAGUCAGCGCCUGGGCCGCGCCGCCCGCUGACACGCACGUGCUUGCCGUCGGCGGUGUCUACCCGGGGCGGUUGCCCCAACACUGGAACAUUUCAUCUUCUCCGGAGAUCUUGUCUUGUUCAUCUGCGAGACAGGGUCGCCGUCUGGUCGCACUGGUUGACCGAUCUGUCGAGGCUUCGCGAGAGCUAUUUGAUCACUGGGUAUUCUACUAGUCCGCCCGGCUUCGCCAGCUCGGGCGGUUGUCUAAAACAGACCCCUGUAGUCUGCUGCGACCACCCUGCCGUAACAAGCGGGAAACAUAGCUGUCCCGGUGCCGACCGAACACGUUACAUUACGAACACAUUACAGCGAACACAUUACGAACACAUUACAGCGCCACCGCUGUAAUGAUGAUCAAAUCAUGGAAUCGAAGCGUGGUGUCCGUGCGCAUGUGGCAACUCUGAACAAAUGACACUGGAUAUGUUUAUUUAGUCCGAAGAUUAUCUCCCGGUGAGAUUCCCUUUCGCUUGCUUUUGUGACGUCUCAGCACUGAGAGACAUAUAUGAGCCGCGUCGAGGGCGGUCAGCUUUACUGUGGGUGCUGAAACCAACGACUUCAUUUCUGUGCUGCGUCACGCUGUGUUUACAUCCGUACUUGCUUGCUCCCAGCGUUUGGACUCUUUUUGACGAGGCAGUUCUGCCACAGCCACUCCUGCCAUGUACGCGUAACGUGUGUCUUGCAGCUGUGCUUCGCCGCCUUUGCAGGUUUGAUGCCACCUAUCAUCUCCUAAAAAACAAGUUUGUCGUGAUGCUCUGUGGAUCGUCUGUCUUCAACGCUUUGUUAUUCGUAUCGAGUAAGAUUCCGAAAUAGAAAUCUCUUGAAGUAGAUACGCGUGUAGAAGUUCGUGGUUUUUAGUUACGACUGAGAGCAUUAUCGUAAGCGUAUCGUACAUAUAUUUUACGGCAUCCUUAGGUGUAGGGUGCAUGAUUGCUAAGAGUGUGCUGCUUUGACGCAAAUACAGAACACGC